ACUGUUGAUGUACAAAUAGAACACUACUAGCUACUUAAUAUUAAGCAACUAAACAUAUGUGAAGCAAGAACUUACUUUUGUUUUUGUGUAGACCAACGAAUGGACAACCUGACAUUGACAAACAACGUUGUCCUCGUGGAGGGACUGAAAGUUACACUUCAGUCUUCCUAUCCUGCCUUCAUCCUGCUUCUUUUGAUUUACGUCUUUACAAUGGGAUGUAACAUUGGACUUACAAUCCUGAUCUUAACUCAAAAGAAUCUGCAUAAUCCUAUGCAUUUUUUGUUUUGUAACAUGCCAGUAAAUGAUAUAAUAGGGAGCACUGUCAUUAUGCCACGCUUACUGCAAGGCAUUUUAAGGGAAGCCUCACAGCGAUAUAUGACAUACACGGAGUGUGUGGUUCAAGCUUUUUUUGUUCAUGUUUUUGCGAGUGUAAGCCAUUCUGUACUGAUAAUUAUGGCCUUUGACAGAUAUGUGGCUAUAUGUAAACCACUGCGAUACGCAGCUAUAAUGAGCAAUAAAAUGGUGGUUAGACUCUCAGCAUUGGCUUGGGGGGUGUCAGUAAUUGCCGUGACCGUUAUGAUAGCACUUAGUUUACGCCUGUCUCGUUGCAGGUCUUACAUUGAAAACCCUUUCUGUGACAAUGCUUCUCUGUUUAAACUGUCCUGUGAAGAGGGUGUUGUUAUUAAUAAUUUGUUUGGAAUAUUUUCUACUGUCGUUAUGUUUACCUUCUCUCUUGGGUCUGUAUUUGUAACAUAUGGAAAGAUUGCUGCAUCCUUUAGAAACAGAAAACACAACUCGUUCAACAGUAAAGCCAUGAAAACAUGUGGCACACACAUAGCUCUUUAUUUAAUCAUGUUUGUUUCUUGUGCCAUUAUGAUUUUUUUACAUCGUUCCCCUCAACACUCUGAAAACAGAAAACUAGCUAGUAUAAUGUUUCAUAUUGCUCCACCAGGACUAAAUCCUUUAGUAUAUGGUUUACAGACCAAAGAGAUAAGACAAAACACUAGCAAACUUUGCUCUAGAAACAAGGUUAAUGUAAAGUAAAUUUGUAUCCCUUCUACUUCUGUAAACAUGCUACUAAAUCUUGAAAAUACAUAGUAAUUUAGUACAGUUCUCAAUUCUUUUCUUUCUCAUUCUGCUAUAACUAAUAAAAGACAGAAUUUAUCAAUCUGUACUUGUGAAAUGCAUUUAUGAAACUGUUUAAAAUAUUAUCCAAACAUUGGUUUUGUUAAAACACUAUUCUCAUAUUAUGCAUGCCAUAAGUUUCUUUUUCUGUUAAAUGUAUUUAAAUGAAUUGUAUUCUAAUAAAUGUACUGCACUACAUUUGACAAAAAAUAAAUUAAAAAAUGGGUGUCUUUUUA